CACAUCUUUAAUUAACCAAAGUUAUUCAAAGUCACCAUACUCCAUACACUAGCUGACUAGCUACCAUGGCUACCAAAAAUCAAUUCUAUCAAAUUUCAUUUGCAUUGGUUCUCUGUUUGGGAUUGUGGGCUUUUCAAGUCUCAUCUCGCACUCUCCAAGAUGCCUCAAUGCAUGAGAGGCAUGAGCAAUGGAUGGCUCGCUAUGGCAAAGUCUAUAAGGAUCUCCAAGAAAAGGAAAAGCGUUUCAACAUAUUUCAAGAAAAUGUGAAGUACAUUGAAGCUUCCAACAAUGCUGGCAAUAAACCUUACAAGCUAGGUGUUAAUCAAUUUACAGAUCUCACCAAUAAAGAGUUCAUAGCAACUAGAAACAAAUUCAAAGGACACAUGAGCUCAUCUAUCACAAGGACAACCACUUUUAAGUACGAAAAUGUAACCGCGCCUUCCACUGUGGAUUGGAGGCAGGAAGGAGCAGUGACACCUGUGAAGAACCAAGGCACAUGUGGAUGUUGUUGGGCCUUUUCUGCUGUUGCCGCGACAGAAGGAAUUCAUAAAUUGAGUACUGGGAAUUUGGUUUCUUUAUCUGAACAAGAACUUGUUGAUUGUGACACAAGUGGUGCAGACCAAGGUUGCCAGGGUGGUCUUAUGGAUGAUGCUUUCAAAUUCAUCAUCCAAAAUGGUGGACUCAACACUGAAGCUCAAUAUCCCUAUCAAGGGGUUGAUGGAACAUGCAAUACAAAUGAAGAAGUUACCCAUGUUGCUACCAUUACUGGGUAUGAGGAUGUCCCUAGCAACAAUGAGCAGGCACUGCAACAAGCUGUGGCUAAUCAACCAAUCUCUGUAGCAAUUGAUGCCAGUGGUUCUGACUUUCAAAACUACCAAAGUGGUGUCUUCACUGGUAGCUGUGGCACUCAGUUGGACCAUGGUGUUGCUGUUGUGGGUUAUGGUGUUAGUGAUGAUGGAACCAAGUAUUGGUUGGUUAAGAACUCAUGGGGAGAAGAUUGGGGUGAAGAAGGAUACAUUAGAAUGCAAAGGGAUGUGGAGGCCCCAGAAGGACUCUGUGGCAUAGCAAUGCAACCAUCUUACCCAACUGCAUAAUUACCAAAAAAAUUGAUACCACUUGCAAUUCUAUUGCAAUUUCUUCUUAAGUUCAAAUUCAUACUAUCUGAUAUUUGUACAUUGUACCCUCUACAUGAACCAUUCACCAUUGUACCCCUCAAUUUAUACGCAAUGAAAUAUAGUAUUGUCAUGAUUAUGACUUAUGAUACAUAAGCAUCCUGAGUUUUUUUUAAA